UCUCCCCCUCCCCUCCCUCCUUCUUUCUCUGUCUUCUUUCUACGUGUGCACACGGCGUCCUCCCGCGCGUCGUUCGGCGCCUUCUCCCCAUCCUUCCCACCGCUUUCCAACCUACCUCCACCGCGCGCGCAACAUGGCCUUCGAUGCGAAACUCACACACAGAUACGCACCGACGACAAGCGCGUCUACGUACGUACACGCGACACGCGCGAGAGCUCGUUGGAGGGUGUGCGUGCACGCGGCAACCAGCUACGCGACGUCGGUGAUACGCCGCUGCGCAAAGCAACUACCGGCCUUACCGAGUUAUCGACGAGCUGUGCGAUAGGUUUACGAGCAAGAUGGUUUGCCCAACAUGAUAUGUCACCCAUGCAAAUAUCAAUUGGAGAAGUCCUAUCAGUUUAGAAAAAAAUGUCAGGUUGCCGAUGCCAAGCUGAAGAAGCACAUGAAACUGAUACAACAGCUGACUGGACAGGACGAAGAAGGCGAGAACCAGGAUAACGAAAACCAAGACAGGACGGAAUCUACCACUACUGGCAAAUCUAAGCAAGUUAAACAGUUGUUGGCUGAUCUAGUUGCGAUCAAAGGUGACAGUAGCCAAACAGAUGGAGAUCCUAUCGAGGUGACGGAAGAAGAACUCGUCGGAGGUUAUAUCCUGGGUAUGAAUUCAGAAAAUGCAGAGAUAGAAGAGAAUGUUUCGGAGGAUCCAGAGAAUAUUACACUAGUACCUGCUGAGGAGCGAACUGCGAAGGCACGAUGUACAAUAAGAACAACACGCAUCAAGCAGGAGCAGGAAUCUGAGGAUGAAGCGGAAGAGGUACAAAGAGCGAUCGUCAAUGCGGAACACAAGAAUGUUUACAUGAUGGAACUAACUAGCAACAGUUCUGGUCAAGGGGAAUCGUUGAAGCUGCAACCUAUGACGGACACGAUCGUUGAUGCAAAUCCAGAGCUGAAGGUCUUCAAAUGCGACAAGUGUCCUAAAGCAUUCACCCGAAGAAUAAUGUUGAAAAGUCAUCAAUCUGUACAUUCUACACAACGAGGAUUCACAUGUCAGGCAUGCGAAAAGUGGUUCCCGACUAGAUCUGCUCUAGUGAGGCACGAACGUACUCAUACGGGUGAGAAACCAUUUGGCUGCAAUAUCUGUCAUCGUGCCUUUGCACAAAAGGAGAUCUUGUUCCGCCACUUGAUGACUCAUUCCGGCCAGAAACCGUUCCAGUGUCAACAUUGCGAGAAGAGUUUCACACAACGGGAAGCACUCAAAGUGCACAUGCGCAGGCAUCAGAAGUUGAAUCCGAAUGAUAUCCAACUACACCAUUGUCAGCUCUGUCCGAAAGCAUUCUGUCACGCGUCAGGUCUCAGUAGACACUUGGUUACACAUACCGGUAGAACGUACAAGUGCGUGGAGUGCGAGAAAUCCUUCACCGACAAGAGUUCAUUGCUGAGGCAUAGUCGCAUUCAUGCACCCAAGAAAAUUCUAUCAAACUAAACAAUGUUCGUCUUCGUAAAUACUGCGAGAGUGUUUGGAACUGACAACGUGGCCGAUUUUAAUUAAGCUAGACUUAGGGAUUACAUUACGGAGUACAUUUGCUGAAUAAGUCUUUGAAGUAAGUUUACGAGUAAUUUACCUUUAUAUAU